AUGGAAACCCCCCACAGCGGACAGAAGCCGGAACAGGGCGCGCAAAAGCACGAACACGCUCAUUGUCGCGCGUCGACCUUUCUCGGAACCCUACCCAGAGACGGACGUUUGGGAUGCCCUCAGUCGUCAAGAGGAAACCGCAUUACUCGGGCUCAUGCACGAACCCCCGCCACAGAUGGAACAGUUGACCUCAUGCCUCCAGGACGCCCCAAGUUCGACCUCGACCCCUACAAGGGCGAGAUCAUCGAGGCGUGGAACCGGCGCGAGACGAUUGAGAGCAUGAUCAAGUCCCUCGCGGCCAAGGGCAUCGAAGUGAACAGCAAGACCUUCCAGCGACGUCUACGAGAAUGGGGACUUUUUCGUUAUAACAAGGUCAAGAACACCACCACCACCACCACCACCACUCCCCAGCAGAGGAGAAAUACGCGACCGAGCAUCGUCGGUAGUGGUGGCACGCUGGAGACGCCGGCGACGGCAACGUCAUUGACGCAGCAGCCCAUCCUGCUGCAGUCGAUGGCGCAGGAGAUUCCAGACUCGCUACAAGAGGACUCGCCUUCAUCGACCCCCAGUGUAUCGAUUGCAGAUUCUUCGCCAGAGAGAAACGACCUCGUUUUCGAAUCACAAACGCUGAGAGCACAGAGCAGCCCCCGGCCACAACCGCAACCGCAACCGCAACCGCAACAGCAACCGGCAGUCAUGUCUCAGAAGGUCUGGACCCGUCGUAACCCCGCAGGCUUCGGCCUGGAGAAGUCCCUCGAGGCCGUCCGUAACCCCGGCGCCGCUCCGGUCCCGAUUCCUCUGCCGCCCUCCGAUAUGGACGAAAUCAAGCAGGAAUGCGACUCCUUCACCCUCUCGUCCUUCACGGCCGAAGACGCCUUCGAGCUCGGCCACUUCCUCCACGCCCGCCUCCUCCCCUUCGCCCUCGUCAACAAGAAGCCCACCGUGGUCUCCAUCGCCCUCGCCAACGGCGGCGGCCAGGUCCUCUUCCAGACGGCCGUCGGCUCCGGCACCCUCGCCGACAACGAGACCUGGGUGCAGCGCAAGCGCAACAGCGUGCUCCGCUGGGGGUCCAGCACGUGGUGGCUGCACAACAAGUUCGCCGGCGACGAGGUCCGCUUCGCCGCGCUGUUCGGCAUGGGCGCCGAGCAGGCCGGGAAGUACGCCAUCCACGGCGGCGGCGUGCCCAUCCGCGUGCAGGGCGUCGAGGGCGUCGUCGCCGUGGUCGUCGUCAGCGGGUUGAAGCAGGACCAGGAUCACGGUGUGAUUGUGGAUGUCAUUAAGAACAACUGGCAAUAG